AUGGCGGACGGCCGCGUGUACAACUUCUCCGCGGGUCCCAGCGCCAUGCCGCUGGAGGUGCUGGAGGAGGUUCAGCGCGAGAUGGUCAACUACAAGGGCUCCGGCAUGAGCGUCAUGGAGAUGUCGCACAGAUCGAAGGAGUUCAUGGCCAUCGCCGCAGAGGCCGAGAAGAACCUGAGGGACAUCUUUGCCGUGCCCAGCGACUACAAAGUGCUGAUGUUGCAGGGGGGUGCCACCCUGCAGUUCUCUUCGGUUGUGCUGAACAUGCUUGGAACCAAAUCCAAGGCGGACUAUCUCGUCACAGGCCAGUGGGGCGAGAAGGCACACAAGGAGUGCAACAAGUACGGGACAGGGCAGCUGGCUUGCAACACCAAGUCGAGCAAGUUCACCACGAUCCCUGCGAAAGCGGAGUGGAAAUUGGACCCUGAGGCUGCGUUUGUGCACUACUGCGCCAACGAGACCGUGAACGGGGUCGAGUUCAGCUACACGCCGGAUGUGGGCAGCGUGCCCCUGGUGGCUGACAUGUCCUCCAACUUCUGCUCCAAGCCAAUCGAGGUCGGCAAGCAUGCCUACAUUUAUGCGGGCAUUCAGAAGAACCUGGGUCCCGCAGGAAUGGCAGUAGGAUUCUUGCGGCCGGACUUCGCCGACGGCAGCAAGGAGAUGAAGAUCUGCCCGACUUAUUGCAGCUUCAAGACGACCGGCGACAACGGCUCCAUGUACAACACCCCGGCCUGCUUCACCCUGUACGUCAUGGGCGAGUACCUCAAGUACACCAAGAAGGUAGGAGGACUCUCCUACUGGGCAGAGCAGAGCGACAAGAAGAGCGGAUUGCUGUAUGGUACCAUCGAUGGCUCCGAUGGCUUCUACCAAUGCCCCGUGGAGAAGUCUGCAAGGUCGCGAAUGAAUGUUCCUUUCACAAUCAAAGGUGGUGAUGAAGCACUGGAGAAGAAGUUCCUGGACGAAGCCAAGAAGCACAAGCUCUACACCCUGGCUGGCCACAGGUCGGUGGGGGGAUGCCGAGCAUCCCUCUAUAACGGCAUGCCGCUUGAGGGUGUGGCGGCCCUGACGGACUUCAUGAAGUCGUUCAUGGACGAGAACCGCAAGUGUGUGCCGGCAGCCAGGGGAAGACCGCGGCAUCCGCCGCUUCUUUGUGAUGAGGUGAAGUCACCAAGAAUGGUCAUCCUCUCCGAGAAAGUGCUAGAGGCCUUCCGCAGCUGGGACGUGCAAGGACGCGGUACGAUUAGCCGCAAGCAGCUGAUCCGUAUUCUCCAGAGGCUGACGCCCCAAGUCACCGAGUCGGAUCUGGAGGUGCUCUUCGUGGCUGCCGGUGCUGACAGUGGCGGUGGGGUCAAGUACAACGACUUUAUCUCCUAUCUGUGGGCUGACGGCUCUGCUGAAGAUGCGAAGGAGGAAGCCCGAGCGCGGGGCCUCUGGGAAGAUGCCCUCCGAAGCGCCAGAGAAAAGGCUGCGGAGGCCAAGACGUGGCCCGCGGACAAAGUGGAUCGCUACUGGAAUGAGGUUGAGACGAGACUGUGGUCAAAGGACUACUUCGAUCACGUCAAAACCAACAUGUUCGUUCAGGCGGACCAGGACAAAGACGGCAGGGUCAGCUUCGAUGAAGCAAAGGCCCUGAUCUGCAAGUCACUGCGGUGUGCAGCCGACCUCACGAAAGCCCCGCAGCCAACACAAGAAGAAGUUCGCCAAGCGUUUGAUGCGCACGACACGCUUGUUGAAGGAAGAGGACGAAUGGGAGUCGGCGAGUUCGUGAAUCUGGCUCGCUACCUUCAAGUCAUCGUGGCCGAAGCGAUGCUUCCUUUCAGCAAGGUGGGCCUGGUAGCAGGACAGGGAAACUUCAAAGCAAAGCAUUCGGCACUCCAGGCCCUGCUCAAGAGGAUCCAGCGGGAUCGCGGUGAGCAGAUCAGGCACCGGCAGCUGGAUUCCCAGCGCCUGAUCCAAAGGAACAAGAACCUGAAGGCCGACCUGUACAAGAAGCAGCACCUCGAAUUCCAGAGGGCUGAGGCAGCCAUCAGGUCCAUCAUGUCUCAACCGGAACAUGCACAAAGACUGCUGGAUGAGCACGAUCCUGCCUCGGUAGCAAGGAGUGCGGCCAUGGGGGAACUUCCGGCCCUUGGUCGGAUCAAGUGGAAGGGCCCGUGCCUGCCAGAGAACUACAUGCCGCCGGGCGGGAUCUCGAAGGGCUUAGUGAAGUCAAAGACGACGCCGCGGGACGAAAGGCAGACGAUGCAAACCAGUGCAGGGGCUGCCAGUGAUACCGCGUAG